CAUCAACUGGGGAAGGCUGAAGCUACCCCUCUCUCUCUCUCUCUCUCUCUCUAUAUAUAUAUAUAUUUAUAUAUAUCUCACACUCACACACUACAAACCCACAACAUCGAAUUUUGGGCCAAUGGCUUCAACUUUCAUUAAUCAGAUAGAGACCACCCCAAUUGCAGAUGAGGAUCAUGAACAUCUACUGGUGGUGGAUGUGGAAGCGGGCGACGCUGAAACCAAACCGAAAUUUCUAAUUCGAAAUUUGACGAAAGUGUCAGAUUCGGGAACUCCGAUAUUGCAGGAAGUCAGCGCCGAUAUACCCAAGGGCAUGAUCGUGGGGAUCAUAGGCCCCAGCGGUAGCGGGAAAUCAACGGUGUUGAGGGCUUUGAACCGGUUGUGGGAGCCGCCUCCGCGCACGGUGUUUCUCGACGGCCGCGACAUUCGAGAACUUGACGUUCUUAGCCUCCGACGUAAAGUCGGCAUGCUCUUCCAACUUCCUGCUCUUUUUGAAGGCACAGUUGCAGAUAACAUACGGUACGGACCACAAUUAAGAGGGCAGAAGUUAACUGACAAUGAGAUACACAAGUUGCUUACCCUUGCUGACCUCGAUUCCACAUUUUUCAAUAAAAAUGGGGGUGAAUUAUCUGUCGGUCAAGCUCAAAGAGUUGCACUUGCAAGAACCCUAGCCAACGAGCCAGAGGUUUUGCUGCUGGAUGAACCAACAAGUGCCUUGGAUCCGAUAUCGACCCAAAAUAUAGAAGACGUGAUAAUGAAAUUGAAGAAAACUAGGGGAAUGACAACUAUUAUGGUCUCGCACAGCAUUAAACAGAUCCAGAGGAUUGCUGAUCUAGUGUGCCUCCUUGUGAAUGGGGAAAUUGUUGAAGUCUUGAAACCUAAUGAACUAUCCAAAGCCAAGCAUCCCAUGGCACUAAGGUUUCUUCAGCUCAGCAAUUAGUUUCUUAAUGAAUUUGAUGUGUGUAAAAGUCGCUAAAUACUACUAUUAUCCUUUGAUGUGUGCUUUUAGUUCCCAUAAUACUUGGCGUAGUGGCAUUGCAUUCCCACUAUUUAUCUGUCACACCAAUGAUCAUGCAACUACUCAGACAUUCUCUGUUUGCUCUGUUUGAAUAUGCCAAUGAAAUAUUUAUGACUUCGAUGCAUUUUAGUUAA